AUGUCUACAAAGUGCCCACUUGUGUUUCCUGCUUCUGGUGAGAUGAAGAAGAGGAAGGCAAUUACUCUUGAGAUGAAACUCAAGAUAAUUACCCAGCACGAAGGCGGCAAGCCAGUAAUGGCCAUCGCGCGCGAGUUUGGACUUUCGCAGUCUACGAUUUCAACCAUCUUAAAGGAUAAGAAGCGCAUCACUGAUGCAGUGAAAUCGUCAGCAUCAGUUAAAUCCACCGUCAUCACAAAGAAAAGAGCCGGGCCAAUUGAUGAUAUGGAAAAAUUACUUGUUCUUUGGAUGGAAGACCAGAUACAGAAGCACAUACCACUUAGCCUACUGAUGAUCCAGGCUAAGGCAAGAAGUCUUUUCAAAAUGCUAAAACAGCAUACCAGUGACCCUACAUAUACACAGAUAUUUAAAGCAAGUCAUGGAUGGUUCCAGCGCUUCAAAAGGCGUCAUAAUUUUCAUAAUGUGAAGGUCAGUGGUGAGGCAGCAAGUGCAGAUACUGAAUGUGCCAAAGCUUUUAAGGAACAGUUACAUAGGAUGAUUGUGGCUGAAGAUCUUUGCAACGAGGAGCUGAUGAAACUAAAGGAAGAAAGAAUUAAAGAAGUUGAGGCAGAAGAAGAAAUUAUACCCAAGGCACCAAGAAAUUUCACAGUAAAGAGGCUAGCAGAGGCAUUUGCUGCUAUCAGCAGUGGUGUGCAGAUGUUAGGAAAAAUGGAUGGCAAUUAUGAGAGAUUCAAAAAAGUUGACAGGCAGAUACAGGAUGCUCUUGCUUGCUACAGAGAAAUAUAUAAUGAAAAGAAGAAACAAACCGUACAGUCAGAACUUGAUAUCUUCCUGAAGAAUGCUAUGCCUGCUAAACCAUCAACUAAUAUCGAUGCCCCAGUGCCUUCUGCCAGCCAUUCUCGAGCCUCAGAAGAGAGAGAAAUUGAUGACCGAGUUACUGUAGCAUCCCCAUUAUCCAGCAAUUAA